GUGUCAUAAAGCCUUCACAGGGGGUCCUUAUGAACCCCACCCCUUUCCGAACAGACAUAAAAGGAAUUGAAGCAUUAUUUCUGUAUAGUCAUUCAGUUCCUGACACAUGAUGGAUCUGCGAGUCGCUGUCGGUCUCCUUUUCAUUUUUCUCACUGGAGGAUAUUCUCUCAAGUGUUACACCUGCACACCUGAUUUGACGGGUUCCUGCGCAGCGAAAGAGGAGACAUGUGCAAAUGUAUCUACUCAAUGCCAAAGCAGUUCAGUGGCACAAUCCGUUGCAGGUUUUCAGGUGUCCGUCACAACUAAGCAGUGUGCAGUUUCGUGCGUACCAUCGUCUGUACAGCUUCCAACUGGAGGGUCGAUGACUGUCAGCUGCUGUAGCACUGACCUUUGCAAUGCAGCAGAUGGAGUGUAUAAGGGGAGCUUCCUCCUGCUCUUGUCUCCUCUGCUCUUCUACUUCCUGAUUCAGUGAGUCCAGCUGAACUUCAGAUUCUACAGCAAAGACCAUCACAAAAACUCAAUAUGAUACUUUACUGAAUAAAGCUUGUUUGUUGCUCUGCUGUUCUUUCGUUAAAGAUGAAUAGAUAAAAUGUACUUCAUUAAACAAAUAUUAAACAAAAUAGCUUAUCCCACAAUCCUGUGCUUUCCAUUCUGUGACUCGCUGAGCUAGAAAAAUAAAGAUGGCGCCUGAAA